AACCACGUUGCUACACCACUCCAUGCAGCACUGCACACGGAGGACACUACACCAACAUUCCACGUUCCUCCCAACCAUCCGGCAACGAAGCUUCUUCUACUUACACCUGUCACGGAAUCUACACUACCGUAGGCUUCUGCCCCUCCUCGUGCCGCAUCCCCGCAUCGUGGUCCUCUAAUCGCAGCACCUAAAGCUGCAGCCACUCGCGAGCGAGGAUCGUGAACCUCAAACACAGUGGACCACCCCGAACCCUCAAAAAACGUGGAAAGGAGACUUGGACCGGGGCCAGGGUGCCUCGACGACUGGUCCACUGCAGAGCCAUCCGCGACACGCCAGUAACACUACUGUACACUGUCACCACACUACCUUUGCCCUCUGGCUGGUGCCGUUAAGUCAAAGUCCCCGUUUUUCGCCAUACCUGGCCUGGCCUGGCCUGGCCUGCUGUGCUGUGCUGUGCUGUGCUGUGCUGUGCUGUGCUGUGCUGUGCUGUGCUGUGCUGUGCUGUGCUGUUGCUGCAUCCAUUGCUUUGCAGUAUCUUGCUCUUCACCAAUCCCGUUUCUCCCAUCUCGUUCCUUUCACCGGAGUGACCACUCCCACACCCACGCCAGUCACCAGCCCUGCAAUCCCGUUGACAACCCCCGUCCGCUAUCUCCUUUCCGCUCUCAAGAAGAACCACCAAGCCAACCUUGAUCACUAGUCAUCCUCUUUGAUCUGCGGUCAGCAUCAACAUCCUCGACACCUUCCUAACGGUCAUACUGAACAGGCCUCGUCCCGUUCAAUCCACACCCCUUCUUUCUUCUUUAAAACCCUGAUAUCCAUCUUUGAGAAAUGGGAGCCUCAAUCGAAUCAUCUCGUCCCAUCAUGGCACCCAGCGUAAGUCGGCUUUGUUCUUCUGCCUCUGAACUGUCACCCCCUAUCCACUCUUUGCACAACAGAAACAUUUUUCAUAGCCUCGACUAAUAUGAAUUUUCCUCGUCAGCUUUCAUCCAAACGCGCUUCCGCUCGCUUCAGCACAUACAGCAAUGCUCCAUCUGUAGCCAACACCGUCAAGACAUCCCUAUCAUCCGCUUCGGCCCAGCAAGAGAUCAAAGAGAUUGGAGACGGGCUCGACAAGCUCGGCAACAAGAAAUUGGAGAGCCAACGAUUCGUACCCACUCAGGAGAAAACUGAGAACCUGAGUAAAUUGGCAUUAGGAGCAAAGCUGGAGCGAGCUCUGGGUAGAAGAAUGGGUGGGCAAGAUGCUGUCAUGAGAGAACGAAGACCAAAGAACGAGGAAAAGAGCACCACCAUGAACGAAAAGGAAACAGCAGCAUGAUGGGGGAUCUUCUUUCGUCGGUCUGGGAAACUACGAUACCUUGACGCAUACACCAAUACAUAUGGGGGGAAUGCUCGCAAUACUGGUCUGAAGGGCAUGGUUGAUGGGGAGGCAGAUCUGUUAUGCAAAGACACAGGUCAUGAUAUGGACUUGUAAAGGCGUUCUUCUUUGUCGGGUUAUUUUGUUUUUACGCUAAUUAUACCUGCGC